GUUGCUGUGUAUCAGUCUUAAUUGUAUUUUUGUCAUAACCUUGACUCUUGGAUAUUCUCCAAAACCAUGAAUGGGAGUCAAUGCAUAUGGAUCCUCAAUGGCAUUUUGCUCAUGCUGACAUCUGUGGCGCUGGCAGGUAAUCUUCUCCAAAAUGUGGCACUGAAUCAAAACGCUAUCCAGUCUUCACAAAACGGCUCAGCUGCUGCUGGCAGGGCAAUUGAUGGGAACAGAGACCCGAGUUUUAAAAGUGGAUCCUGUUCCCUCACCAAUGAAGAGUCUGAUCCCUGGUGGAGGGUAGACCUGCAGAAUGUGUACAAAAUCACUGCUGUAAUGAUAACCAACAGAGAUGAACAGGAAAACUGGCUGAAUGGUGCUGAAAUCUGGAUUGGAAACUCAAUGGAGACCAACACUAAAAACAUCAGGUGUGCAGUAAUCUCUCACAUUCCGAGUGGACGCACGUUAUACUUUUCAUGUGGCGCUACAGAGGGACGCUACGUCACUGUGCUUCUCCCGGGAAGCCACAAGGUUCUAAGUCUCUGCGAAGUUGAGGUGUUCCCUGUAAACUAUGCACAUCCUUUAGCCAAUGUGGCACUGAAAGGAGAUGCCACCCAGUCAUCAACGCUUUCUUUCGCUGCUGCCUCCAAAGCCAUCGAUGGGAGACGGAACUCAUAUUACAGCCGUGGGUUCUGUAGUCACACUGCCGAGGACGAGACCAACCCCUGGUGGAGGGUGGACCUACGAUGGACAUAUAUAGUCACAUCUGUCAAAGUCACCAAUAGAGGAGACUGUUGUGCUGAGAGACUGGAUGGAGCUGAGAUCCGAAUUGGGAACUCACAGGAGAACAACGGAAACAACAACCCCAGAUGUGCUUCCAUCUCCCACAUCAGAGCGGGUAAAACCUACACAUACCACUGUGAUGGAGGCAGCAUGGAGGGUCGCUUUGUGAAUGUGAUUAUCCCUGGAAAGAGCAAGACUCUCACUCUCUGCGAAGUGGAGGUGUAUGCUGCCCCAGCAGUGGAACCUCUGCCAAACGUGGCCUUAAACAGACCAACAGCACAGUCAUCGAUUUUGCCGUUUUCUAAUUCGAAAGCCUCUAAUCCUGUCAGUGGGUGUAGAAGUGGAUUAUUUAAAUGCUGUUCCCAUACUAUCAUGCAGUCCAAUCCCUGGUGGAGAGUAGACUUGUUAGCUGUGCACAAGGUUCGUGCUGUCACCAUUGUCAACAGAAAAGACUGUUGUUCUGAAAGGCUACUGGGUGCACAGAUCCUGAUUGGGAACUCACAGCAGCACGAUGACAACAAAAACCUCAGAUGUGGUAUUAUCUCAUCGGAAAUGGGUACAUCAGUACACACCUUCCAGUGUGCAGACAUGGAAGGUCGCUACGUCAUUGUAAUCAUUCCAGGACUUUUUAAGAUUUUGACACUGUGUGAAGUGGAGGUGUAUGCUUCUAUGACUGUGCCAGACGUUGUCACUUCUCCUCCUCCUACUGCUCCUCCUCCUCCCACUGUGAGCAUGCAGCUGAGUGGCAGGAAUGUGACGAUGGUGGGAGAGAGGCUUUGCUGGUCUGAUGCUCUGUUCUACUGUAGACGUCACCACUGGGACCUGCUUAGCCUUCGCAGCCAGGAAGAGCAGAGUGAGGUGGAGCAGCUGUUGAGCCGCAGUCCUUUCCCCCUCACAGACUUUGUCUGGCUGGGACUGCGCAGAGACAUCAUGCGCGACAGGUGGUUCUGGAUGUCUGGUGAUUCUAUGAAAUUCACCAAAUGGCCACGAGAUUUGGCCCCUCACCGUUAUUCUAACCCCUGUGGAGGCAUGGCCAGAGGAAAGCGCUUCCUCUGGGAGCACCAGCCUUGUGCUAAGCUCCUCAACUUCAUCUGCCUAUCAGGUGCUGAGGACAGAGUCCAAAGAGUGUAUUUCUACAGCACCCGCGAAGUCCUUAGUGAGGAUUAACAAAAUUGAAAGCUAUAUUUUUAAGUUAUAAAUAGCAAUUUCCUGCUCUCCUUGUAUGACAUCAGCUAGUGUUUGAAUGGCACUUCAAGAUGUUGUGUUUCUGCACAAAACAUAGAUCAGAGCCCAAAGUGUCAAUAUCAAAGCAGUCAUUCAUGCACUCAUUUUCAUGCUCUUCAUAUGUGGGUGACACUGUAAUCUCAUGUAACUAGGCAUCUGUCUGAUGGAGGUUGGAGGUCUCAAUCUCUCCAGACCCCUGAGAGUUAGCUGAGACCAAGAUUGUAAGAUCAUCUGAUCUCAGCUAAGAGCCUGUUUUUACUUCUUUUUUUUCCUAAUUGUUUUAUUUAUUUAUUGCAUUUCUGUAGUGGUGCACCAUAUGUGGUUUCUGUUAACGAUACUCCCAUUUUGGAUGAACUGAGUUGAAAUCACAUGUGAACCACUGGUUUAAAUGUAACAAAACCCAUUAUUAAUUCAUACAUUAUAAUCUCAACAUAAAUAGUGACUGUACAAAAGUGUGAACUUUCAUUCCUUCAUAAUAUAUCCCUCAGUGUGUUUAUGAUGUGUUUCAUCCCUCAGUAAGAUGCACAGUACAUGUAGCUGUAAAAUUCCUUGCCUGAAUAUGUUAUUAUUAUAUCACUUUAGCUGGUUUUGUAAUGUGGGAAAGAGAUUGAAGAGAUGUGAAAUGCAGAACUAAACUAUCAAUAGCAAUGUUCACUACAUCAAAAGUAGUUAAAUUUGCAUUAAAACAACAGAAAAUGUGAUACUUGUGCAUAUUUAUUCUGUGUCUGAUUGACGUUGAGGUAGGAAAGAAUUUAUUAAUUUCCAUAUUGUGCUAGUGGAGUGCAAAUAAAGCUGAAUGAUUGUUGAUGUGAGUAGAGUAAAUUUUUAAUAAUCAAACAGGAAAUAGCAUAAAUAUGGAAAUAAACAUUUGUCAACCAGUUAUGGCCUCAGACAUGUUGGACUGUGGACGUUUAUGAUCUACCUGCUCAGGUUAUACACUUGCAUAUUAAUGUACCGUGAGAGAACUUGCAUUAGGUGUGGCACAAUCCCGAGGGCUUAAAAGGAAUUGCACAAGUGCCAAGUGUGAAUAAUAAGUGUAACUACAACAGCAUUAAUAAAUGUGCAAUAUAAACAGAGCUAGAGACGCAGGAGGGAUGAACACAACGACAGGUAGGGCCAGAUAGAGGUUAGUCCUUUGCCAGGUGUGUGUGUGCUGAGUCACGACUUUCACCCAGCACUGACACUAUACCCCUCUACCACAUUUUGCAUGUUUUCUGAAAAUUUCUAUGCUUCUAUUCUAUCUGAUCAAAUGCUUUUGAAACCCAAUAUGUCACUUUGCAUUUAUCGCACUUGAUGGACAGGUAUUCACCAUCACUCCCUCAUACCCCUCACCCACACUUUUGUUUGAUCUUUUUUCUUUAUGUUUAUGAUAAACUAGAAACAAUCAAAAAUAUGUCACGUAGUUCAGACACAGCAAGGAAUGUUGUCAGCCCUGUUGGACUUGAAAAGCUGCUCUGUUCUUUAGCCAGAAACAAAUGUGUUUUUUAUGAAACAAUAUCUAAGAGAUUCAAGCAAGAGGCAAGUGUUUACCUCCAUCGGUUGGGAUCAUUUUUAUUAUUCUUUUCAUAUAAGAGGUCCCCUAUAGAAGAUCACCUCUAUUUAUGGUUGAGCUCCCUUUCCAGCCUCUACUUUUCUGUUAUUGCAAUGUCAUUUAAUAAACACAGGGGAGCGCUGUUGAACUAUUUUAGUGGCUGUUCAAAACUGACUCCAUUCCUUCUCUCACAGCGGUCUAAACAUAAACCAAAGAGGUUAAAUUUAGCAACCAGUGUGGCACCAUUAUGGGGUAAUAAAGCCAUGAAAGACAAGAGAAACUGUGUGUGUGUCAUGGCAACUCAAACCUAUAAUGUGACACUAUGUAUAUAUUAGGGAAAGCAAGCCUCCAUCAGCAUGGUAUAAACAUAUAAACAUGGCAUACAGGGAAGGUGCAGUAAAACAUAGUGGAAUGAAAAUAAUAAAAAUUAGCAAAGAUGCAUAAAUACUCACAUAUUUCCUGACAGCUCUGAGACUACACAUUUUUAAUGGGGCAUGGAGUGUGAAAGACACUGGCAUUUACUAGGUAGGGGAAGUCUAAUGAAAAAUGGUGUUGAGUUGCAUUAUGGGAAAUGUAGGAUCCGACAUUUUGGAGCUUGAUCCAUACUUGGGACUAAAAGUCAGGCUAUCACGACCUCUGCUGCAUCGAUUUUGACCAUUCUUUUUAUAAUGUGUCUCAUGCUUGUCUCCCAGUGUUGUGGAAGCACAAUACUAAAUCGCUGAAGUUGCCCUUUAAGCCUUCUUUAAUGUCAGAUGUGUGACAAAAGGGCAAAUUCAAUGACCCAGGAAAGAAAUGUAGGUUACUUCAUAGAGACAAUUUACAACCUUCACAAUGUUCUGGUGGAGUAAAAUCCAUUCCUCUAAAAAUUAACUAUUUGUAAAUGCAAUUUGGCGUGUGUUUGUUCCCUAUCAUGUAAAAAUGGUA